UCCAGCGUGUUUGAAGGCUGCUUGCUGCCUGAGUGUCCUUUUGUCCCUCCUCUCGCCGCACAGCCCCAAUGACAGCGGGGACCACCGGACCCAUGCCAUCCUGAUCCCGGCCCCAGCAUGCCGGACAUAGAGCCGGACAGAAGCAGGAAAGCCCAGCCAGAGGGGGAGAGGGCAGACCCGGCUGGCAGCCAGCAUGGCACGGCUGGGGUCCUUGAUAAGCUGUUCGGAAAGCGCCUUCUUCAAGCUGGCCGCUAUAUCACAUCCCACAAGUCCUGGAUGAGGACUGUGCCCACUGAAAAUUGUGAUGUGGUUCUUACCUUCCCAGAUACGACUGAUGACCAUACUCUACUCUGGCUGCUCAAUCAUGUUAGACUGGGAAUACCUGAGCUAAUAAUGCAAAUUCGCCAUCAUCGACAUACAAAAAUCUAUGCCUUCUUUGUCACAGCAACAUAUGAGAAUUUACUCCGCGGUGCGGAGGAGCUUGGACUUCGGAAGCCAGUGAAAGCAGAGUUUGGAGGUGGAACCCGUGUUUUUUCCUGUGAAGAGGACUACAUUUAUCAGAAUAUUGAAAAUGAGUUGAAUUUUUUCACAUCUCAGGAACGUCAGAGCAUCAUCCGGUACUGGAUGGAGAACCUCAGAGCUAAACAAGGAGAAUCUUUGCACAAUAUUCACUUCCUGGAGGGCCAACCAAUCAUCCCAGAGCUUGCAGCCCGUGGAGUUAUCCAGCAGAUUUUUCCUGUGCAUGAACAGAGAAUCCUGAGCCGUCUCAUGAAGUCCUGGGUCCAGGCGGUGUGUGAGAGACAGCCCCUAGAUGAAAUCUGUGAGUAUUUUGGGGUGAAGAUUGCCAUGUAUUUCUCAUGGCUGGGGUUCUACACCUCAUCACUGGUUUAUCCAGCUGUCUUUGGCAUGAUGCUUUGGUUCUUCACUGAAUCUGACCAGACCAGUCGGGACAUCUGCUGUGUAGUCUUUGCGCUCUUCAACGUAGUUUGGGCUACUUUGUUUCUAGAAGGUUGGAAACGGAGAGGAGCAGAGCUAGCCUACAAGUGGGGGACAUUAGAUACCCCUGCUGAAUUCAUUGAGGAGCCAAGACCACAGUUCAGGGGUGUCAAGAGAAUCAGUCCAGUGACCAAUUGUGAGGAGUUCUACUACCCCCCAUGGAAGCGCCUCCUAUUUCAGUCCUGUGUCAGUCUGCCUGUCUGCAUGUCCUGUCUCUGCUUCGUCUUCGUUGUGAUGCUUGCUUGCUUUGAGCUGCAGGAGUUCAUCCUCAGUAUCAGAGAGCUCCCAAGGCUUGUGCGCUUCUUUCCCAAGAUCCUUUUGGCUAUUAUAGUUAGUUCCUGUGAUGAGGUGUACAGGAAGAUUGCGUAUUGGUUAAAUGAUAUGGAGAAUUACCGUUUACAGAGUGCCUAUGAGAAACAUCUAAUCAUCAAAAUUGUUUUAUUCCAGUUUGUAAAUUCCUACCUGAGUCUUUUCUACAUUGGUUUCUACCUCAAAGACAUGGAGCGACUUACGGAGCUCCUGCUCGUUUUCUCUCUACCCCAAAGCUUCACCCGUCAGAUUAAAGAUGCCCUUCUCCCUUUCCUCACCCUCCAGUUUCACCUGUUCCUCAUCGUCCUCAGGGGGCUUCUCAGAUCAGCCUGGCGCUUCAUCAGGUCUAAAAUGCUGGCCACACUCCUGGUCAUACGUCAGUUCCUACAGAAUGUGAAGGAAGUUGCGCAACCCCACUUGUACCAGAAAGUGCAGCAAGGAGAAAUUAAUCCAAGAUCUAUUAUGCUCUUUGUCCGGUAUGCAUUAAGGAGGCUUGUGCAGAAGUAUGCACUCCCUCAGCGGCCUGCAAGGACACCUGGGGAUCCUCUAGAGCCUGGUUUUGGAAAUCGGAAGAAAUGCUUAAACGGAGGUUGUGGUGUGCCAGAGGAGGAGGAGGAAGGAGUCUCUGAAGAGGAAGAGUUAGAAGAAGAAAGCUUUAUGGAUUGUGGACUGAAACUGAAGAGGGUUAGCUUUUUAGAAAAAGAGGGAAGGCGUGUGGAAGAGUGCAUAUUGUCUCAGCAGGAUGAUGAUAUUGGCUUUUUACAGGAAGGGAGUCCUACUCUUGUGGAGAAAGGCAGUGACCCAGCAUCGGUUUUCCAGUUAGAAGAUGAUGAAGAUGAUGAGAAAGAGGUUAGUGGGGAGCUGCAAGAUAUUGAGGAACCGGAAGCUGCUGUAAAGCUGAGGCCACAUAAAAGAAGAAAGAAGAGGCUUAAUGUUGAGCAGAUGUUGAGCAGGGAAGGCGAUGAAGAAGAAGAAGAAAAUGUAAGAAAGCAUAAAAGAGAAUCCUGGAUGGACCCUCCAGAAGACCAUUGUACUACAAAGCUCACACAAGCAGAGGUUGAAAGUUGCAUGAAGAAGUAUGAGGAUACCUUCCAAGACUAUCAAGAAAUGUUUGUGCAGUUUGGCUAUGUGGUCCUCUUCUCAUCUGCUUUUCCCCUCGCAGCCGUGUGUGCCCUUGUCAAUAACAUUAUUGAAAUCCGCAGUGAUGCCUUCAAGCUGUGCAGUGGACUUCAGAGACCAUUUGGUCGCCGUGUGGAUGGUAUAGGACAGUGGCAAAAUGUGAUGGAAGCAAUGGGUGUCAUUGCCAUUAUUGUGAAUUGUUACCUGAUUGGACAGUGUGGGCAGCUUCAGAGAUUAAUACCAUGGCUUGGUCCUGAAUCUGCCAUCAUAUUUAUUGUUGUCUUAGAGCAUUUUGCACUGCUUCUGAAGUAUAUUAUACAUGUGGUGAUUCCAGACAUCCCUGGGUGGGUAGCUGAAGAGAUGGCAAAGUUGGAAUACCAAAGGCGAGAAGCAUUUAAGAAACAUGAACGUCAGGCCCAGCAUCGGUAUCAGCAGCAACAGCGCAGGAAGCGAGAGGAAGAAGAAAGGCAACGUCAUGCUGAUUAUCAUGCACGAAAAGAACGGGAGCGGGGAGGAGAGGAAGGAAGAUCCGGCCAAGAACCUCAAGCACAUGAGAAGAACUCAAGUAAAAAUAAGCCAUGUGGUUCCCAAGGUGGGAACACUCAUGACAAACCGAAGAGGCCCAGCUCCCUGCUGGCCAGCAAUAAUGUGCUCAAACUCAAGCAAAUUAUACCCCUGCAAAGCAAAUUCUUGUCAGGGACCAAUGCCAAAUCUCCACAGUCUCCUCCAGGGGGAGAUACCAAAAUACCUAGCUUCCUGAGCUUCAAGUUCUUGAAAUCUCCAGAAACACGGAGAGAGGCAGCACCAGAAAGAGCCCAUUCUCCAACCAAACCUUUCCAUCCUGGUAAACUAUUUAACUUUGGUAAAGGGGAAGGGCAAAUAGGUGGCAAUGGUGUGGGAGCACCUAUUUCAGUGCAGCCUCGAGGGGCAACAGCUGCAAUUGCCUCAUCAGAUGGGACAGUUCCUGGAAAGUCUCAGCUAAAUGGAGUUUCAGAAGACAUACCUGUGGAUGAUGCAGAUGAUCAGGGGAGGGCACAUAAACAGUGACCUCCUGUGACCGUAUAACUGCCUCCAUCCCUCUAACAACAUAAGGGCAUGGUAGCACUGCAAGAGGUGGAGGUGGGUAACUAUUCAGAGGGAAAUUAUUUCCUUUCUCAUAAUGGUGAGAGUGAUUAUCAAAGAGGAUUUCAGUGGUCUGGAGAUGCCAUCUUGCAUAAUGAGCUACACUGGUGCAAUAUGCUAUAUAACCCACCUUGUGACAAGAAGGUGCUGCAUUGUAUAAUGAUGCUGAGUAUCGCUAUAUACUUCCAGCCUUACUGGAUAAUGAACUUUCUGUACGGUGUUAUGAUGCUGAGUAUCCAUAUACACCUCCAAAAUUUUAAAUGAGUGGAUUUCAUUAUUCAGACAUCCUGCGCUACACCAUUAUGAUGAGUAUUACACACAAUCUGCUCAUCGUAAUGAUGGCAUGGUGAACACAGUAACUUUAAUAUAUCCAAUACAUAUCUGAGCCCAUAAUAGUGAAAUUUCUGAGGUGUAUAAUGAUGCAGAGUAAAUCUUCACAGAACAUUACCAUAUCCAUUCCCUCCUGAUCGGGCACCGAUAAUAAAACCUGAACUAAGAAAGGGCGAAGGCAAUAGAGGUAUUAGCACUGGUAACCUCUCCUGCAGUGCCUUAUUGCAGGCCAAUCUGGCUGUGGAGAGGAUUAACCUCAUCUCUACAACAGUUCCUCACCGACCAGCUCCUCUCCACUUCUCUGUGUGAUAACUCUGCUGCCUUCUUGAAUCCUGUAAAUCGUUUGCUGAUCUGGAGGCCCUAUCUAUUGAUUUCAGUAGAUAACCACCAACAAUAAAGUAGAGAGGCUUUUUUUAAUUUUUUUUUAUAUUCAGUUUUAUGUAAAGUGUAUAUGUAACGGUCUCGUCAUGUCACCAUAUGACAGUCAGAAGAUGGGUGAAUGAAGGUGGUCCACAUAUCAGCACCUCAAUACUGCACUUUCUUCCUCUUUCAUGUGGUGGCUUCAUUCACGUAGAUCCUGAAUAACUUGUUUGGAGAAACUCACAAAACACAAAGCAUUUCCUUCAUGUUCAGUACUUGGGCUUGGUUUCUGCUCGGUGUGUCUCAUACUGUACACUGAAGAGUGUGACACUUUUUUCCUUCCAGGGGUGAGAUUUUAGGUCCUGUAAGGCAUCAUGCACACUACUGUUGUUGUGUCCGUUGUUCCGUUUUCUGCGGACCCAUUGACUUUCAAUGGGUCCGUGGAAAACUCGGCUAAUGCACAGUUUGUCGUCCAUGAGCCGUGUUUUCAGUCCGUGAAAAAAAUAGGACCUGUCCUAUUUUUUUUACGGACAACGGUUCGCAGACCCAUUCAAGUCAAUGGGUCCGUGAAAAAACACGGAGGCACACAAGAUUGUCA